CAUUACUAACCUUUAUCGGCCGUUGAUUGGCGCUAAAAAAGCGAUCUGUCGUGGACGGUCAAGAUUAAAUUAUAACUAAACGAGAUCCUUCCUUCCUACAACUUACUUCUUACUUCUUAGCAACUAGGGGUGACUAUACGGUCCGGUCCGCCGGUCCCGAUCCAAAUAGCCAGCCCUAUUAGCAACAAGGAGGAUAGAAACAAACCGAGAGCUUUGAUCAGAUAGGAAGAACGAAUUAGAAGAAUCGAGCGCUAGAGUGACAACAAACUGUAGUGCCUGUUUGACAGUUCGUCUCUGGUGUAUCCGAGGAAAAUUAGGGUUUCGGCUUCAAGUUCUCUUUCGAUUCAAUUUGCGCCAGAGAGGGUGCAGCAACGACCACCCCCGAAAAAGGAUGUGGCACGAGGCGAGGAGAUCGGAGCGGAAGGUCCACGACAUGAUGGACGCCGCUCGGAAGCGAGCGCAGCGGCGAGCGGUGUAUUUGGCGAAGAGGAGAGGCGAUCCUCAGCAAUCGAUUCAGGUCCUGGGCAAUCGCUGCCGCAUGUACCGCGAUGAUGGCCUCUACCAAGCCGCUGAGGAUCAGCAGGGAUUGAUACCUUGGAACGGGAAGGACGAUGUACUGAUUGACAGAUUCGACGGCCGGGCGCUUCUCGAUUUUAUUCGGGAGGCUGGCUCUCGGAAUUUCCGGCAGCCUGAGAAAUCGGAAGAAGAGGAAGAACUCGAAGAGUUUGUUAGUUUUGAGCGUUAUCGGGAUUUAAUUAAGCUUCGGCGCAGAGGAUUAACUGAUGAGGAGGGUGUACGCCAUGUGAUGCAAGAGAUGGAAGCCAAAGCGAUUGCUCCAUUUGUUUCCAACAGCAAAUCUCAACAGGCACAGCCUCCUGCCAACAAGGGUACAUAUUCACAAGUGGGUUUCUCUUACGACGGAAACAGAAAAGAGGAUGAGAAGCUAUCAGAUGGCGACGAUGACGAAGACGAUGAUGAAGAUGACGAGGAUGAAGAAGAUGACUUUAACAGUGACGACAGCGGUGAUGAAGGAAUUGAUGUUAUUGCAAAAGAAUUUGGAGUUAAGAGGUUUGGUUGGCUUGUGUAUAUGGAUAAAAAGGCAAAAGAAGAGGAGAAAAGGCAGAAGGAAGUUGUUAAAGGCGAUCCUGCAAUUAGGAAGUUGAGUCGUAAGGAGAGAAGGAAAGCUUCUCAAGUAGAGAGGGAAAAAGAGAAGGAAGCUGCUAGAAUCACUGGGACCAGAUUGCUGCGUCAUGAUCCCUACCGGGAAUCUAGACGGAGUCCAACUUAUGAAGCUUAUUCUCGUUCUAGAAGAUCAAGGUCGAGAUCAUACUCUCCACCACACUCUAGACGUCACAGUCGUGCUGGUCACUAUGACGACGUUCAUCGCAGCAAAGCUAAGAGUCCUAAGAUAGAGUAUAUCACUGAAUUUGGGAGCUCUACCACUGUGGAAGAGUCAAAGUUUGAAGGAUAUUCUCCCCCACCAUCUCCAUCCCGGACUGAUUUGGUGAACCGGUCGGAGCACUUCGACCUUUUCAAUUCUUGCAAAAAGAUAGAUUCGACAGUCUUUUCUGCUGCAGCUUUACCCCUUUUAAACCCAGGGGAAACUUUGUUUGUUUAUCUAAAGCUUCUGCUUUCCUGCAGGCCAUCAUCUCGUCAUAUACUUGAGGCACUUCAUGUUGACCCAGCAUCUGGUGUAUCUCUUGACAAGGAUAAAACUGCAAAAGAGUUGAAACCUUCUGCAAGCAGCAGCAGCUCCUCAGGGUUAUCAAAGCUAAGCAAGGCAAGUGUUCCUGGGGGAGUUGUAAAGCAGCAGCCAGGGGAGAAAAAGGAAACUCCCCAGGAGAGGCUUAAAAGGAUUAUGAACACGCAGCUAAAUAAACAAAUUAAGAAGGACUCUGUUGCUGAAAUGACUAAAAAGAAAGAACAAGAGCGUCAGAGAAUGGAGAAACUAGCAGAAACAAGUCGGAUUAGUCGUUAUAGACGACGUAGCCGCAGCAGGAGUCACAGCCGUUCUCCGCCAAGGUAAACAUCCUUCUUUCCAUUUGGCUGGUCCUUCGGCUAAUGGAAUUUUAGAAUUGAUCGAUUUUCAGGAUUCUGAAGUUCAUCGUUUUGUAUGUGGAUUGUGUGCGGGUCCGGUGUUAAAUGGCAAGUAUCAAACUAUGACUGCAUUUUGAUGUUUUUCCUUCUGUUAUCGAGGGUAAUAUAAUUUUUUUGAUGAAGGUGACUGAGUAUCGAGGGUCAUAUAUUAAAGUGAACUAAUUUAUAUGAGCAAACAAUAGAUAGGAAACAAUCCAUCGACACACAACACUCCACCAAAGAAUUUCCUUUUACAAUUACCUAUGGUGCUAGGUUUUUUUUACUGCAACAAGUUCUUUUUCCAAUGUGUUGUUCUUGUCAGCCGAAGGAACCGACACAGCAGAAGUCGAAGCAGGAGCAGGAGUUCACGGAGGCACCAUUCGAGAUCCCGCUCAAGUUCGCACUCCCGGUCUCGUUCUCCGUCCAGGUCACGGUCUUACUCUCGCUCUCCCAGGAGAAGGAGGAGAUCAAGAUACUAGUGGCUGGUAACCGGAUGCUUAUGCUUGCUGGGGGAGAUGGGUCAACAGUUGCAGCAUCUCUGCUAUCAUGCUGCCGUUGUCUAAUAUUAUUAUUAUUGUGUAUUUGUGUUUUAACUUGAGAAGAAGGUGCACGUCAUGUUCUGCAUGAAUGAGAAAGUAUGAGCGUGUGUUAUACAUGUAUGAUUUUGACUUCUGAUACAAGGCAAUGCGAUUUUGUUACCAAUGUGACAGCAUGUUAUUUACCCGGCUCCUGGUUCACCUUUUUAUAUAUUUUAGUGGGCAUGUGAUGAUUAUGGUUCCUCGUAAUAUACCUCCAUUUGUUUCUCU